GUUCCGGUUCCUGCGGAACAUUUUGUAAUAACCUGUUAUGGGAAUGCAUGGCAGGGCGGUAGAAACAUGGCGGUAUCGUGGAGGCAGUUGUGGAGGAGGAAUGCGGGGUCUACCGGCAUUAUUUUACUUGAAUCAUUUUGUGGAACAAAUAGCAGAAGACCCGUGUCCAUCGCCGCCUCAGCAAUACGGAGGACCGACCUAGCUGACCAGGAACAGACUACAAGCAGGCCUGUGGUUUUAAAGACGGUUACAUCAAACAUUCUGUCAAGGCACAAGUCAAGACUUUUAGACUACUCCCCCAGAGUUUGCAGCUGCAGACGGAUACACAGUGAUGCCAAAUUAAAAGACCCAUUUUCUCUCGCCCAAAAUGACUUGAAAAAUUUGUAUGAGGAUAUUAAAAAGGAGCUUUUUGUCUCGAAGACUGAGCUGAACGCCCUGUGUGAUUACUAUUUCGAUGGGAAGGGCAAAGCCUUCCGACCCAUGAUCGUGGUGCUAAUGGCCCGGGCCUGUAACAUACACAGCGACAGAGCUGGAGAGCUCCUACCCGCUCAGCGCUCCAUAGCCAUGAUCUCAGAGAUGAUCCACACUGCUAGCCUGGUGCACGAUGACGUCAUCGAUGGCUCCGACAAGAGGCGGGGGAAGACCACCAUCAACGAGGUGUGGGGGGAGAAAAAGGCCAUCCUGGCUGGGGAUUUCAUCCUCUCGGUUUCCUCUAUGGCGCUGGCGAGGAUCGGCAACAACGCUGUGGUGUCAGUGCUUUCCCAGGUCAUCGAGGAUCUGGUCAGAGGUGAAUUCAUGCAGCUGGGCUCCAAGGAGAACGAGAACGAGCGCUUCAAACACUACCUCGAGAAAACAUUCAAGAAGACGGCGAGCCUGAUCGCCAACAGCUGUAAAGCAGUCUCAAUAUUAGUGAACUCUGACCCAGAGGUGCAUGAAAUCGCCUUCCAGUAUGGGAGAAAUGUGGGCAUCGCAUUUCAGCUGGUAGAUGAUGUGCUGGACUUCACAUCGUGUGCCAACCAGUUGGGUAAGCCCUCCGCAGCAGACCUCAGGCUUGGCCUGGCCACCGGCCCCGUCUUAUUUGCAUGUCAGCAGUUCCCCGAGCUGCAUGCCAUGAUCAUGAGACGCUUCAGUUCCAACGGUGAUGUGGACCGCGCCUGGCAGUAUGUCAUGGAGAGUGAUGGCGUAGAGCAGACUAACUACCUCGCCCAGCGCUACUGCCAGGAGGCCAUCAGGCAGAUCAGCCGACUGCGGCCCUCGCCAGAACGGGACGCCCUCAUCCGUCUCACAGAGAUGGUCCUGACCCGAGACAAGUGAUCCCCGGCCACCCCGUUCAUCUCCUUUCCCCUCACCUCACCUCACCUCCCAGGGACCCCACCACCACCACCACCACCACCACCACCGCCGACCAGAGGUGUCAGUCUCGUGUUCAGGAAGUAGAAACCCUGCCAACAGAUUUGAUCCAAAAAGCUCUGAAUCAGAUGAUGGCUAUGAGCACUCCAGACCAGCGAUCUCCGAGCAAAGUCACCUGCGUCUGAAGGAACCUGUGGCAGCUUGGACUUUCUGAACUCUGAACUGACACCUAUGUUAACGACCAUCUCCAAAUGAUGGGUGCCCUCUCAGGCAGCUAUGCCUCUAGAUAACCACUAGGGGCGGUGUAGAGCAGAAAAGAUGUUGAGGAUGAGGUGGUUACAUUACCGAAAAGGUUCCUUCCAUCAUACAACACUUAAAAAGAGAAUGCAGAGGUUCACAAAGAGUAAAAAAGAGAUGAGAUAUAUUUACACUGUUCUCAAUUGUAUGCUUUUAACUGUACUGUAUAAGCAGAUCUCUGUCUCCCUUCAACGUUUCACCAAGUAGUGGUGGAUGGCGGCAUAAUGUCUGUGCUACGCCUGGAUGGGGGGGGGCGAUGUCUGUAUUUUUAAAAGUUCAUUACUGAUUCCAAACAUGAUGUUGCAAGUGCAGGCAUCACCAUGAUUUCAGUGUACAUACGCCUAUGUCUGUAUGUGGUUGCCCCGAUAUUUAUCCACACCACAACUGAAAAUAAUGUACAUAAAAAGGCCAAACUAAAAAAAAGCAACCGCUAGUCCAAUGGAGGAUGUUGUUUUGUAUGUACUUUUUCUGUAAGUGCUCAACAGCAACCACCAAGGCCUUAAAAAUCAAUUAAGAUCUAUGUACACAGAAAAAUAAAAAAAACAAUAUUUUUUAAGUUAA